AGUCGAAGAGAUAAAAAUGCAGUGGUGGGAACCAAUCCAAGCGCCCGAGAUUAAAAGCUUUAAAGUGCCACUGUCAACUACCUUCUGUUUGUUUGUUUCCUCGUUGAUGGAGAUCCCGAACCCUUUCGGAGUUUGAACGAACAAGAAAGGAAAAGAAAUCAGCUCCAUUUGGGAGCAUCUUCUUCUGUUGUUUGUCUGAGACCUUAACUGGAUCAUCCAACCUAGCUUAUAUAUUCGCGGCCGGGUAUAAUUGUCUUCCCGACGAUCAUGGCGGGAGAGCAGAGCAAGAAGAAGCUGAACAAGCCAUGUGUUCUGCUUAUAGUAAUAGCUGGGAUGGAGAGAUUUGCGUUCAAAGGGGUGGCGGCGAACUUGGUGACUUAUCUCACGGAUGUGAUGAAGAUGAGCAACUCGUCGGCGGCGAAGACAGUGAGCAGCUGGAAUGGGGUUACGUCCAUGUUGCCUCUUUUAGUAGCGGCCCUUGCUGAUUCUUACUGGGACCGAUAUUCCACCAUAUUAGUCUCCUCUUUCCUCUAUGUUCUCGGGCUUCUAGCACUGGCAUUGACUGCAACUCCGUGGCUUUGGCUUCCCAUCAACGAAACCAGCUCCCCUUCGGUUCUCUUUUGGUCACUCCACAUGAUUUCGAUCGGCCAAGCAGGGUACAACUCGUCGUUGCAAGCCUUUGCAGCCGAUCAGCUCGAACUUGAGGAUGAACUGCCUUGCUGCAAGAGUGACUCCAACACUGUCAAGAAGAGUUCCUUCUUCCAGUGGUGGUACUUCGGCAUCUGCAGCGGCUGCCUUCUGGGCGUCUCUGUCAUGUCCUACAUCCAGGACACCAUUGGAUGGGGCCUCGGAUUUGCUAUCCCCACUCUUGUCAUGGUUGCAUCCAUCGCAUCUCUCUGUUGUGGCAGAAGAUAUUACAUUCACAAGCGGGCCAAACCUGGCCCCAACUUCAAGUCCUUCAAGAACUUAGUUCUUGCCAUCAAAGAAACCGCCUGCAAAAUGAUUAGCAAUCGCUCUGUCUCGCCGAAAAACCCCUACGUGGUAGAGUUAGAGCUUGAGGAAAAGCCAUUUUGUGGAGAAGAUCUUGAUGUGGGCGAGGGCGAAGAAGACGUCACCAGCAGCGGCAUUCACCCGUUCGAAAUCGCCAAAGUGGUGCUGCAUCUGCUGCCGAUAUUCUCCCUGCUUCUGACGUUCGCAGUAAUUUUCCAGCAGCCGGUGACGUUCUUCACCAAGCAAGGCAUGACAAUGAAGCGGAACAUCGGAAGCAGCUUCAAGAUCCCGCCGGCGAUGCUGCAGAGCGCGAUCACGGUGUCGAUCGUUCUGCUGAUGCCUCUGUACGACACCGUCUUCAUCCCCGCGGCUCGGAUCAUCACGCGCAACGAGAAAGGCGUCAGCGUGAUGCAGCGAAUGGCGAUCGGAAUGUUCAUCUCAGUCGUAGCCAUGGCGAUCGCGGCGCUAGUCGAAACGAAGAGGCUCCAGAUCGGGAUAAAAACCGCGGCAACGGAAACGGUUGGAUUAAGCAUACUCUGGCUGCUGCCGCAGUACACUAUGCUCGGAAUCUCGGACAUUUUCACCGUCGUCGGGAUGCAAGAGUUCUUCUACAGCGAAGUUCCGGUGGGAAUGCAAACCAUGGGGAUAGCGCUGUACAACAGCGUCUUCGGCGUGGGGAGCUUCUUCAGCGCUCUGGUAAUCUCGAUUGUGGAUCACGUUUCGAGCCGCAAAGGCAGGCAAAGCUGGUUCUCGGAUAACAUGAAGGCCGCGCGGCUGGACAAAUACUACUGGCUUCUGGCCAUGGCGAGUGCCUUCAGCUUGCUCGUCUUCAUGGUCUUGUCCAGAUUUUACAGAAACAGAGUGUGAUUUGUUGUAAAUAGCUAGGGUUCCUUUGGAUCUUGAUGAACGUCGUUCUGACUUUGGGUCAUUUUUGUAAGGAUAAUGCUAGAUGAACAAACACUUUGACAUCUUUGUUGACAACUCAUGCUAAAUUAUACAUCUAUCCUCAAGUUGCAAUUUUUAA